AUGGCUUUGAUUGCUCCUGUUGUUGCUUCAUUUAAAUGGACUAUUGAAGCUGCAAGAGAAUUAAUUCGACUUCGACGCGAGAAUCAUGAUUAUUUUGAAGGGUUCACCACUUCUCCCUCUCAAUGUCGUAGAAAAUGGUACUCAUUAAAAUAUGUAUACAAAAUUCUCAAGAG